GAGAGAUAAAUAAUGUUCGAUCAAACAACAACACUCAUCCACAAUGACCAUCAAAUCAAGAUUAAUAUCAUCAUCGUCGUCGUUCGGUCAAUCAAUUUGGUUAUUUUUAGUUGAAAAUGUUGGCAUCUUUUCGUCAUUAUCCUCAGUGAUUAAUAAUUAUUUUGUGAUCAUAUUCAUCAUAUUUAUAACCCAUUUGGUUGUAGCAGCACCGCCCAGUUCGUCGUCGUCAUCAUCAUCAUCAUCGUCGAAAUCGGUACUUAUUUGGCCGGAUGAAAUCGAAGAUAAUGCAUUGGCCAAACAUGAUGAAAGUGGUGAUUUCGUCUAUAAACAAUGGAUGUCAUCACAACAACAACAAGGUGCAAAUAGUCAUGGUGAUAAUAGUGGCCGAUUACCACCGCCACCACCGGGUUUGUUCUAUUCCGGCAGACAUCAUGCUCAAUCAUCGUCAUCAUCCGCUUCAGCAUCAUUAUUUUUUUGGCCUCAGACCAAAUUUCGUGACGAUCAUAAUCAAGAUAAUCGAUUUGAUGAAACAAAUAAUAAUCAUUUUCACAAUUCUGCAUCAUUCACGAUCGGUGGCGCCAUCUUUGGCCGGCAAUCCUGGUUAUUGAUAGGUUAUAUUAGUAAUAUUCUAUUUGUAUAUGGUUAUUGUUAUCAGCAAUUUAAUCGUUUAUUCUUAAUAUUUUAAUGAUAAUCAUUUUGUUUUCUAUUUACUAUUAAUCAAUCAUGUAUUGCCCAAUCCAAAA